AGGAGGAGGGCUGAUGCUGCCUGCUGGUGCUGCCGGUGGUGUUGGAAGAAGAGGGAGAGGUGGGAGGAGGCUGACGGCCCAGCAAGCUCUUCAGAGCCUUGGAAGGAGGAAGGAUGGAGGAACAGGAAAAGGGCGAUUUAUAGCCUCUCCUCUCAUCUUCAGCCGGGAUCAAUCUGGACUAAUACGGAUGGGAAGGAAAGGAUGAUGCGGGACGUCAAUUUGCCGCAGGCUUGAAUCCAUCCAGAACCCUGAUGGAGCAGGAUGUGGAAAGCCCAGUCAUCAACAGACAGCCCAAGUUGCCCAAGCAGGCCCGCGAGGACCUGCCCAAACAGCUGGUGGAAAUGGACAGGGCCAAGAGGAUCCAGCGCUAUGUUCAGAAAGACGGCAAAUGCAACGUCCACCACGGCAACGUGCGCGAGACCUACCGUUACCUGACGGACAUCUUCACCACGCUGGUGGACUUGAAGUGGAGGUUCAAUCUGUUCAUCUUUGUCCUGGUCUACACGGUCACAUGGCUCUUCUUCGGCUUCAUGUGGUGGCUCAUUGCGUACCUGCGUGGGGAUCUGGACCACAUAGCGGACAACCUUUGGACUCCGUGUGUUAACAACCUGAACGGUUUUGUGUCUGCCUUUCUGUUCUCCAUUGAGACAGAGACCACCAUUGGGUACGGAUACAGGGUCAUCACGGACAAGUGCCCCGAGGGCAUCGUUCUGCUCCUGGUCCAGUCGGUGCUGGGAUCUAUCGUCAACGCCUUUAUGGUGGGCUGUAUGUUCGUCAAGAUCUCGCAGCCCAAGAAACGUGCCGAGACGUUGGUGUUUUCCACCAAUGCUGUCAUUUCCAUGAGAGAUGGGCGGUUGUGCCUGAUGUUCCGAGUCGGGGACCUCCGGAACUCGCACAUUGUGGAGGCCUCCAUCCGGGCCAAGUUGAUCAAGUCCAAGCAGACCAAGGAGGGCGAGUUCAUCCCCCUCAACCAGACAGACAUUAACGUGGGCUACAACACGGGAGAUGACAGGCUCUUCCUCGUGUCGCCGCUUAUCAUCUGUCACGAGAUCAACCAGAACAGCCCCUUCUGGGACAUCUCACCUGCACACCUGGCCAAGGAGGAGCUGGAAAUAGUCGUUAUCCUGGAAGGCAUGGUGGAGGCCACUGGCAUGACGUGCCAGGCCAGGAGCUCAUACGUGAGCAGCGAGAUCAAGUGGGGCUACCGCUUCACACCUGUCCUGACGCUGGAGGACGGCUUCUACGAGGUGGACUACAACAGCUUCCAUGACAUCUACGAGACCAACACGCCCGCCUGCAGCGCCAAGGAACUGGCCGACAUGAGCAGCCGCGCCCGCCUGCCCCUCACCUGGUCGCUGGCCAGCAAGCUCAGCCAGCAGGGCCUGCCCGAGGCUGAACAAGAGGGGGCGCCAGAGACUAAGAGCACCCCACAGACUGAGAGGAACGGAGACAUCGGCAACAUGGAGAGCGAGUCCAAAGUGUAGCCGGGAUGUGCGGAGUGACGUUAGGUGACGUAUUUUAGCAAGGAAACAACACCGUGACACCCUGACAGUGCAACAUGCAUGUCUCUCCUGACAAGAUCCCUAUUAUUUUUUCUAGUAGACUAUUCCUAUAGAUGCAUUUGCAUAUUAAGUAUUUUUGUACAUAAGAUGAAAUGUUUUGGUUGAGUGAAUAUUUGACACGUUUGAUACUAAUUCUCUUAGGCUAGGCCUGUAAAUAAUACUAUGCCUUACUGUAUCUAUCAAGCUUUCAUUGUUUACCUUUUGUUUUUUUUCUUUUUCAGAAUAUACACUGACAGGACACCUCAUUAGGAACACUUGCACCAGGUAAUGACGGCCGUUAUGAGAGCUGCAUCAAUAAUUCAGACUUUACAAAGGUAAUAAUCACAAAUAAAGGAUUUUUAUAGUCGGUCCUUAAAAACAGCAGAGCACUCCUUUCAUAUAGAGGAACUCUGACUAGCGUUUUUGCAGUAGGCCUUUAAAAACAACACUUCCUGUCGUACAGAGGGCCGUUGUAGUAGGUUCAUUUUUGUUGUCGGAGCGUUCAUGUCAUUUAGAGGAUCUCUGACGAGUGUUUUUGUAGGAGGCCCUUAAAAACAGCCAGGCCUUCCUGUCAUAUAAAGACCCUUUGAAGAGUUUUUGCAAUAGGUCCUUAAAAACAACAGCGUUGCUGUCUUUGUAGUAGAUCCUUGAAAACAACAACAACCCUCCUGUCACAAAGAGAGUCUUUGAUGACCAUUUGUAAUAGGUCCUUAAAGACAACAGAGGUGUCUUGUCAUAUAGAGGAUCUUUGACAAUUUUUUUGCAGUAGGUCCUUAAAAACAGAAGAAUACUCCUUCUAGAUAGAGGAUCUUUGACAAGCGUUUUUGUAGUAUGUCCUUAAUAACAGCAGAGUGCCCCGGUCGCAUAAAGUGGCUCUUUGAAGGGCAUUUUUGUUGUAGAUCUUGAAAAACAGCAGAGUGCUCCUGUCAUACGACCAGCACAUACAUAAGUCCUUAAAAACAUCAGUGUGCUUGUGUCACAUAGAAGAUGUUUGACCAGCAUUCUUGUCAUGUCAGAAUUUGAAUGUCAGAGAGAUUAUAACAAAAGUAUAUUAGAUGAAAAUGAACAUUGUGUUGAAGUAAUCAAUUAUUAUCUUUGUAAAUGUAUGAUACAGCUCUUGUAGUGAAUCUCAUGAGAUUGUGCAGAUGUACCUAAUGAAGUGUCCAGUGUGUAUAAGCAUGUACAAACAUGAAUUUAUUCUGUAUGAUGUAUUUAUUUAUACUGUGAGGAGAAGCACAUACGAAAAGGAUGCAAAGCUCCAGUUGAAACCAAUGACGAGUUCUUCUUCAAGUCCAGCCCCACCACCCACUCACACCACAACCCCUUCCCUUGAAGCUUUGUGGAAAGUUCCACAAGGUAAGCCAUGACUUUCCUUUAUGCUGACUUCACUCGACGGCCCUUUAAAACUGCUUUUUUCUCACUGUUUUGCACAUGGGAGAGGCUGGAGAGAGAUGUUGCAGUAAACUAAAAAAACCUCACAUCACCCGACAGUAUCAUAAAUAUCCUAAAUAAACAGUAACAUUGCACAUUUGUGAAAACUUAUUAUUGGGCAGCAAAUACACAAGCAUUCAUGUUUUGUGGAUUUAUUUUCAUUUUUCAAAAUGCAAUUCCUUUGACUUCCUCCCACAGUGAACAUCGCCCCGCUAAAAUACUGUUUGAAUUCAACAUAUAUACACAUUCAAGUUUAAACACAAUUAGAGGUGUGCAGGUGUAGUCAAGUUAUUCUUUUUAAAAAGUACUCUUGGAGUGAGUUUGGUCAUGCGCUUGUGACAAGUAUCAGGAUUAUGUAUGCUAAGUGCGUGUGCGUACUCCAUUAGGUACACCAGUCCACCCCAAACUUCUAGUGAUGCAGCCUCUGCACUACUUGGAGCUGUUUGUAAUACUUUGGUUGUAGAAAACAAGACUUUAAAGGCAGAAGUUUGUAGGUUGCAGGUGUACCUAAUGUUGUGGCCUUGUAUAGGAGUGUUCCGUACUUAGUCCACCUACGGUACAUUAAUUAAAUACAUUUACGUUAAUUAAAAAAUAGUGUUUUUUCCUAGUGUGUAAAAUGUAAAAAUAAUGACCUGAACUUCUCCAACUUUCUUCACUUUUGAUUGAAAGUAGGGAAGGUCGUGAAGAAGCUCGGCUUCAGAUGUAGUAGGAGUAGGAGUUAAUCAUUUAACACGAAACACAGGUGACGUGUGGACUUUUCCGAGCAGGAGUGUGUGUGUGUGUGUGUGAACAACAUUACCCGGCAAACACCUGCGGCGUGAGCGGUAAGGGCAGCAGGUCAUUGUCUAUGUUGUCGGCAUUGUCGUCCAUGGCUGACACGGUGCAGCCCAGCACCUUCAGGGGGUAUUUCUCCAUGACGCCGUGAACCUCGCGCUGCACGCUGUCGGGCCAGGAGAGCAGGUCGGCCCUCAGCCUCUGGGCCUCCCCAAUCAGGGUCUCCUGGCGACUGCAGAGGCCCGACAGCAGCUCCAAGUUGCGGUGGAGCUGGGCAAGCGCAGGGCUUGGAGGCUCUGCGGGAUACGGCAGGGUGUCGCGGUGGUGCCAAUCGUUCCCCCCCGGGUUGGGAACUCGGGGCGAGGCCUGGCCUGACAUGUAGCACUCAAAUUCCUCUGGGGUGAGGUUGAGGGACUGAGCAUCCAGCUUCUCGAUGAAGGCUGCUGCACAGCACUGAAACAACAUAGAAGACACUUUUCAUGUUUCCCUCAAGUAACCGCAGUGUUAUUAUGAUGAUGAUCACUAUUAUAAUUAUUGUUAUAUAGAUAUAUUAGUCCUGUGAUUGGCUGACGACCAGUCCAUGGUGUACCCCGCCUCUCGCCCGAAGACAGCUGGGAUAGGCUCCAGCACCCCCGCAACCCUUGAGAGGAGAUACCAUUUUUGGCCCAUGUUGAGGCGCAUUAUCAAAAAGUGUUCUAAACGCCCACAAUAUACGGUUGAUGCAACAAAAAUCAUUUUUUGACGAAUGCUUAUUUUUGAUCAGAAAAUACUGUUUACAUGAUUGUUGUGGUUUAUGGGAAUAAUGAUGUAAAAAAUGAAAGCAGACCAGGUUGGUGAAGUAGUAUCCGUCCUCUCCUGUCAUCAACCUGCUGGGGUUGCAGAAGCGCGUGAUGUACUGGAUGUUGGACUGGAGUCUUGGCGGGUUGGCUUUGAGCACGAUGUAGAUGAGGGCGGGGAGGAAGUCGUCCGCCGACGCCGGCUCGCUUUUGGUGUUCCUGAUGGCAGCGAAGAUGUGCUUGCUGCAGCGGGUGACACACGACAGCUUGUCGCGGGGAACCUUCUUGGAGUCCAUCUCGAUAAUGUCUGCAGCAGACAAUCCAAAAUAGUUUUUGGUGAUUGUACCAUUGUAACUACAUAUACUAUAUGGUUCCUGACCACCACAAUGUAACCCACCAGACAGCCCCCAAAUAGAGUCAUAUAUCAGGCUUCCUCCAUCUUGGUCUACAACACUGCCAUCUUCUGUUUUCUCUUUUUAUUACAGACCAAUUAUACACAACCAUUAUCAGAGGUCAACCAUUAUCAAAGUACCUCCGCUAGUCUUUUCCUUACUAACUCUUAGUCAGUCUUUGCUCAUUUUUAGCCUAUGCCGGUACGCCUUCCUCGACCUAAUAGCCAGUGUGCCGUGCUCUGCGUUUCUCCUACAUUUUCCUUUAGUUUUUUUACAUAUUUUCUUGUUUCUCCUUUGAUCCUAUUUUUUUACGUGAUUUAGUGUUUCAAAUCAACCACCUAUCUAAUUUACACUAAAGAGUUUUAUUUCAGCAUUUAAUAGAGAGGAGGCAAUUAUUUGUACAUUAUUAGUAUUUUUAUGAUACUUAAUCAUUAAUUCUUUCCAUAGAUAUUCUUGAAAUAUAUUUACUGUAUUAUUGUAAAUAUUACAUAAUGUACAUUUGAAUGCAGUAUUUAAAAAAAUAGAUACAUUUCGUGGUAUAUUGUGAUAAUUUAGCAGGAUCUGCACGGUGCUUGAGUGGUUAACGCGUAGACCACAUAGCUAGGAGACCCAAGUUCGAUUCCACCCUCGGCCAUCUCUGUGUGGGGUUUGCAUGUUCUCCCCGUGCAUGUGUGGGUUUUCUCCGGGUACUCCGGUUUCCUCCCAUAAUUCCAAAAACAUGCUAGGUUAAUUGGUGACUCCAAAUUGUCCAUAGGUAUGAAUGUGAGUGUGAAUGGUUGUUUGUCUAUUUGUGCCCUGUGAUUGGCUGGCGACCGAAGACAGCUGGGAUAGGCUCCAGCACCCCCGUGACCCUUGUGAGGAUAAGCUGUAGAAAAUGAAUGAAUUAAAUAAUUGUAUUCGUAAAAACAGAUAUGAAUGAAUAAGUUUACUGAUUUAAUUAAUUCAAGAUUUACUGAGUCGAUGUAUAUAAAUCAAUAAACUUGACUUGAAAGUCUGAAUCAUCGAGGCAAAGCGUUGAUUAAAGAAGAGUCGACUAUUUGAGGAAAUGCUGUCAUCACACAAAUUGUGAAGGAAAAACACACAAACAUAACAAUAAUUCCAAAAACAUAAUGACUGUAUUGAAGAGCACUGAAAAAAUUGACCUGUUAUGGCUUUAACCACAUUUUCUGACGCUUCCGGGAUUUCCUCAUCCAUCGGCACACAAAGCAUCUGGAUGUUGACCCAGUGUAGAGCUCUGCAGCACCAAGAGAGAGACAGUUUAUUUGUACAGGAAAAUGCGCUGCUUUAUAGUGGAAAACUGAGCCAAUGCAUCACCAACCUGAUCCUGUUCUGCAUGGCGAGGUCCUUCCUUUCAUCAUCGGUUGUUUCUGGGCAGAAAACGCUUUUGUACAGACGAGACAUGAUGUACUUUUCCACCUGGUCCAUCACCUGCUCUACAGCCUCGGAGGAACCUGGAGAACCCAACCAACAUUUACAGCUAUUGCUGACAUUCAUGAAGACGAUGAGAAGACGCUUUUGUUGCCCACCUUUGAAGUGACUGGUAAGGCGGUCCGCCAUGCUCUGGUAGAAGUCCUGAACACACUCUGAUAGUUCUUCUGCAUUCAAGUCCUGAAACACAUUUCGAGGACAGGAGUCAAACCCAUGAGAGGUCAGCCUAAGUCUCAUAGUAGCCACCUUCUUGCCGGACAUGCUGAGAAGGAAGCUCCGACACUGUUUGUGGAUCUCCCGGCCGGGCCGCUGGAAGUUCUUCAAGAACUCCACAAAGUCCCUGGAGACCUGGUCAGAGUCAAAGUCCAGUCUAGCGUGGCGGCUCAUGGACGGACUGGUCAUCUUCACCUCAGGAGAUUCUGACAAAAAAAAAGAAAAAAAACAUAAUAACAUUAACAGCUAUGGCUGUGGCUGUAGGCAACCACCAGGUGUAGUUUUUUUUUAAUACUAACUUCACAAGAUGGCAGUAGCUGCAUUUGAAGUACUGUGAGUAGUCGGCAUACGGCAACUUUAUUUACCUUUGCAUUUCCUUUAAAAUGAACUAUGAAUGAUG